AUGGCAACUCCAGUGAAGGUUUACGGACCACCAUUGUCCACAGCAGUGUCUAGAGUCCUAGCUACUCUCCUUGAGAAAGAUGUGCCUUUCCAGAUCAUUCCUGUUGACAUGUCCAAAGGGGAACACAAGAAGCCUGAUUACCUCAAGAUUCAGCCCUUUGGCCAAGUCCCAGCUUUUCAAGAUGAAAGCAUCUCCCUCUUCGAAUCAAGAGCAAUAUGCAGGUAUGUGUGUGAGAAAUAUGCAGAUAAAGGAAACAAAGGGUUGUACGGUACAAACCCAUUAGAAAAGGCAUCAAUAGAUCAAUGGGUAGAGGCUGAGGGGCAGAGUUUUGGGCCAUCAAGUGGGGCUUUGGUGUUUCAGCUUGCAUUUGCACCAAGAAUGAAUAUCCCACAAGACCAAGGCGUUAUAAAGCAGAACGAGGGGAAGCUUGGAAAAGUGCUUGAUAUUUAUGAGCAGAGGCUUGGAGACAGUCGGUUCUUGGCUGGAGAUGAAUUUACUUUUGCUGAUCUUUCACACUUGCCUAAUGGGGAUUACUUGGUGAAUGCCACUGAUAGGGGACAUCUUUUUACCUCCAGGAAGAAUGUGGGUAGGUGGUGGAAUGAGAUUUCUGACAGGGAAUCUUGGAAGAAGGUUGUUGACAUGAGGAAAAGCGGUUGA